AUGUCAGACCAUAUUGGGCUUGGCACUAGUGGGAGACCUUUGAGCAAAUUUUACAGUAGCCUUAGUAUCUCUGGAUUGGCUUUCGUGCCCGAGACAUACUUUCCUUAUUUGAUUUGGAAACAUAUUUUCUACAAAAAUGCUACAAAUGUGUGUAGAGGAAGCAAUUGUGGGAUCCAAUUUCACCAAAUUAAUGAAGCAUAUGAUAGGGUGAUGAGCAACUUACGAGAGGAAUCGAGCAGAUCAGAGAUGAUGACGAUGUAUGAGGAGUAUGAUACCGGGACUGAUGAAUCGAUGAGAGGGAUUAAUGAGCAAGAUUUGGAUCUAUGGGAAGAAUGGAUGGGAUGGGAAGGAGCUGGGAUUAGGGACUAUUCAUCUCACAUUAAUCCUUACAUCUGA